AUGGUUCUUGUUGCAAGUAAUGGAGAGAAAACAGACACAGAAGAUAAUGCUGCUGUCGAUUUUCGUGGUCACCCUGUUGACAAAACAAAAACUGGAGGAUGGUUAGCAGCAGGACUAAUCUUAGGUACUGAACUUGCUGAAAGAAUAUGUGUUAUGGGAAUAUCCAUGAACUUAGUGACUUAUUUGGUUGGAGAUUUGCAUCUUGAUUCAGCUAAUUCUGCUACCAUUGUUACUAAUUUUAUGGGAACACUCAACUUGCUUGGCCUUCUUGGUGGUUUUUUAGCUGAUGCAAAGCUUGGUAGAUAUGUCACUGUAGUCAUAUUUGCAUCCAUAGCAGCAAUGGGAGUGUGUUUGUUAACUUUAGCUACAACAAUUCCAAGCAUGAUACCACCUUCAUGCAGUGAAGUAAGGAAAAAACACCAUGAAUGCAUUCCCGCCACAGGAAAACAGUUAGUACUUCUCUUUGGAGCACUUUACACGAUUGCUUUAGGCGGCGGAGGAAUAAAAUCCAAUGUAUCCGGUUUCGGAUCAGAUCAAUUUGACACAAGAGAUCCAAAAGAAGAAAAGAAAAUGAUAUUUUUCUUCAACAGAUUCUACUUUUUCAUAAGCAUUGGAUCCUUAUUCUCAGUUAUUGUCUUGGUCUAUGUUCAAGACAAUAUAGGAAGAGGUUGGGGAUACGGAAUUUCAGCAGGAACAAUGGUUGUUGCAGUUGGUGUUUUGCUUUGUGGUACCUCAUUUUAUAGAUUCAAGAAACCACAAGGAAGUCCUUUUUCUGUUAUAUGGAGAGUAUUGUUCUUAGCUUGGAAAAAGAGGACUCUUCCCCUACCUUCAGAUCCUUCUUUACUCCAUGGUUAUGUUGAAGCUCAGGUUCCACAUACUGACAGAGUCAGGUCUCUUGACAAAGCUGCAAUCCUAGAAGAGAGAAAUUCAAAAGAUGGAAACAAAGAAAGUCCAUGGUUGGUUUCAACAAUGACUGAAGUUGAAGAGGUUAAAAUGGUAAUCAAGCUCAUUCCAAUUUGGUCAACAUGCAUCCUUUUUUGGACAGUUUACUCACAAAUGAAUACUUUCACUAUUGAACAAGCAACAUUCAUGAACAGAAAAGUAGGAUCUCUAGAUAUCCCAGCAGGAUCCUUAUCAGCUUUUCUCUUCAUAACAAUCCUCCUUUUCACUUCCCUAAAUGAGAAAUUCACUGUACCGAUAGCAAGGAAAUUCACUCACAAUGUUCAAGGACUCACAAGUCUUCAAAGAGUUGGAAUUGGACUUAUUUUCUCUAUUGUUGCAAUGGCAGUUUCUGCAAUUGUUGAGAAAGAAAGAAGGGAUAAUGCAGUCAAAAAAGGAACUACAAUAAGUGCUUUUUGGCUUAUACCUCAGUUUUUUCUAGUUGGUGCUGGAGAAGCUUUUGCUUAUGUUGGACAGUUAGAGUUUUUCAUAAGGGAAGCACCAGAAAGAAUGAAAUCUAUGAGUACUGGUUUUUUCCUAACUACACUUUCAACGGGAUUUUUUGUGAGUAGCUUAUUGGUUUCAAUUGUGGACAAAGUAAGCAAGAAAAGAUGGUUGAAGAGUAAUCUUGAUAAGGGUAGGUUAGAUGAAUUUUAUUGGUUGCUAGCAGUGCUUGGAGUGUUGAAUUUUGUUUUUUUUCUUUUCUUGGCAAUGAAGCAUGAGUACAAAGUUCAAAACAACAUUGUUGAGACUAAUGACAGUGUUGAGAAAGAGCUUGUGAUUGUUGGAGUUGAUGGGAUGGAAGAAGCAUAG